GUGGCGUGCUGCGGCUGCUAAGGAAGUGUCGUCGUUCCGAUUCCCGAUCCAUUCCUCCUCGAAGUUCGCUCACCUAGUGCGAGGAGAGUUCAAAAUUUGAAUUUUCAUACGCGGUUCAGUCCGGGUUCGAUUACGGCGGCGAACAGACGCGCGCGACUUAGGCUCGAAAAAUUUGCACUCCUCCACCUGGGAGUGCAUGCGCGACUAAACACAGGCAGUGACUAAAAGUGCAGCGGAUGCAGUUUAUUCAGCAAAACAAAAAAAGCGAAAGUCUACGUUGGGUGUGAUUGAGAAAAUAAUUGUGCUGGUUAGCAGAGUGACCUGCCCCCAAUUCGUGGUGGAUUACAGCUCGAUCGACUAGACCGGAUUCGUGAUCGGAUUGUCGGAUGAGCCAACCGGACCGCAGCAGCCGGCAGAGUUGUUAGUUCCGGUGUAAGGUGUAUGACGAUAGGAUGACGUCCAAAACUAACGGCGUCGAAGAUGCGGUCGCUCGGGAAGCGAUCGCGGCCCCUCGGGUGGGUUGUUGCCGGCGAAUAGCCAAGUUUAUGGUAGUGUACUGGAGGGCGUUGGUGGUGUUCUUCGGUCCGUUCAUAGCGGCCGGAGUGUUCACUCUGGACACAACGCCGGCCUACCGGUGUAUGUUCGUAGUGCUGAUCAUGUCGAUGUACUGGGUUACGGAGGCAAUCCCCCUCCCGGUAACCUCCAUGCUACCCAUGGUCCUGUUCCCACUGCUGGGAAUUUUGGACACCGACCGAACUUGUAUGAUGUACAUGAAGGAAACGAUGCUGAUGUUCAUCGGCGGUAUCAUCAUCGCGCUGGCCGUCGAGUUCUGCAACCUGCACAAACGGGUAGCCCUGAAGGUUAUCUCGCUGAUCGGGUGCAGCCAGCGGAGGUUGAACUUUGGUCUGAUCACCGUGACGAUGUUCGUGUCGAUGUGGAUCUCGAACACGGCCGCCGUAGCCAUGAUGUGUCCGAUUAUGCAGGCCGUCCUGGAGGAGCUGGAAUCGCAAGGUCUGUGCACAAUGUACGAGCGAAGGAAGAAAACUGGAGAAGAGGAAGGCAUGCUGGGCAACGAUAAGGAGGCAUCUGACGAACCUCUGAAGCCCUCAAAAACGACUAUCUGCUACUUUGUGGGAGCUGCCUACGCGUCAACCCUGGGCGGUUGCGGAACCAUCGUUGGAUCUGGCACCAACUUGACCUUCAAGGGUAUCUACGAGAGCCGUUUCCCCACCGCUCCGGGCAUCGAUUUCCCCAAAUUUAUGUUCUACAACGUGCCCGGUAUGUUGAUCUACACCUUCCUGACGUGGGUCUACCUGCAGUGGCUGUACAUGGGCUUGUUCCGACCAAACAGCCCCGAAGCCAAGGCCGCUGAAAUUGGACCGGAAGGUGAGGCUGUGGCGCGUCGCGUCAUCGAAACCCGCUACAAGGAACUCGGCCCGAUGACGUCCCACGAGAAGAGUGUGGCGUUCAUUUUCGUCGUUGCCGUCGUGCUGUUCUUCACCCGCGAACCGGGCUUCAUCACCGGCUGGGCCGAUCUGCUGCCGGCAGUUAAAAUUAAGGACGCCACCCCAGCGAUGUUCUGCGUGAUUCUGCUGUUCAUGAUUCCGGCCAACUGGCGAUGCUUUAAAUUCCUGAAGCCGAAUCCCGGCCGUCUCCCCACCGAAGCCACCCCCGGUCUGAUCACGUGGAAGUUCAUCCAGCAGAAGGUCCCGUGGAGUUUGAUCUUCCUGCUCGGCGGAGGCUUUGCGCUGGCCGAAGGUGGCCGCGUCUCCGGGAUGUCCACGCUGCUGGGUCAGUCGCUGUCCGGCCUGAAGACGCUGCCCCCGCUGCUGUUGCUGUUCGUGGUUUGUCUCACGGCGCAAACGCUGACCGAGUUCACCUCCAACGUGGCCAUCUGUAACAUCAUGUUGCCCGUGCUAGCCGAAAUGGCCAUCGCGAUCGAGAUUCAUCCGCUGUACCUGAUGCUGCCGGCGGCACUUUCCUGCAGUAUGGCCUUCCACAUGCCGGUGGGAACGCCUCCGAACGCCAUCGUGGCUGGAGUGGGAAACAUUGCCAUCAAGGAUAUGGCCGUGGCCGGUAUUGGGCCAACGAUCUUUACCUUGCUGGUGGUCUGGGGCAGCUUCCCCACGUGGGGUGUCAUCGUGUAUCCCGAGCUGAGCACGUUCCCCGAUUGGGCUCGGCCAACGAAUGUGACGGUGAAUUAGGGACGGAAUUAGAAGCUAGGCAUUAUAUUGGGCCGUGAAAGUUGUUGUCAAGGAAGACAAAAUGGGGUUGGAACCAAAAUUUGUGCCAAAAAGUCGGUCUUGUAAGAGCGUUAAUUUCGGUUAAUUAGUUAGUAAAUCUAAUAAAAGAAAGGCUCAACGAUUGUUGGAUUGAGAUAUCAAAACGCAUAGAUACGUGAAAUUUGAUCCAGCAAAAAUAUUUGUUAGCAAUCAAUUGUUGGCAGCAUAGCGAUGGGAAUAAAUUAAUUGAUCACAACGAAUAGAGUGAGUGAAAUUUGCACAAAACAAAACUGGUUUCAGCUUCCAGCUGAUUUAUGUUGCAACGUUACACAUUUCUUCGAAACAAUCAACAGGCACUGACAAUAUCUAGAAUAGACGGAAAGGCAUUUGAUCAACUGUAUUUGGAAAAAAGCUUUACCAUGCGAUAUAUUGCACGAUGCAUUAUGAACAAAUAGUAAUAUAUUUUGAUACACCAUAACUUUUACACCCGUCGAUUACUUAACAGAGUGAAUGCAGCAAACUUGAUAGAAGAGAACACCGUAAUGAUGCGAAACUCGUCUUCCAGCGACUUAGAAUGUACUCAGACCAGGGCGCAUAGAAAAGGAUGUGUCGAAAGUAUAUGAAUUGCAAAUUACCGAACCAGAACUACUUUGUGAAUAGCAAAAGCAGCAGUAACAGCACAAACACGUUGCUCUAUGUAAACUUAAAACGAUUUAGAUGACAUUUGAUUGUAUAAAUGUAGCUGUAGAAAUUGAAUAUUUUUAUUUUAAAAAUAAAGAAAAUUUUAACUGAAUAAGAA